AUGGCACCUUAUGAGGCAUUAUACGAACAUAAGUGUAGAUCACCUAUCACUUGGUUUAAGGCUAGUGAAAGGAAGCUACUUGGACUGAAGAUGGUUCAAGAGGCCAUCAUCAAGAUUCGAUUGAUUCAAGGUAGGUUGUUGGUAGCUCAAAGUCGACAAAAAUCAUAUAUAGACCAUAAGGGUCGAGACUUAAAGCUUGAGGUGGGUGACCAUGUAUUCUUGAAGGUUUCACCAACUAAAGGAAUCCUAAGGUUCAAUAAAAUAGGCAAGUUGAGCUUGAGAUAUAUUAAACCCUUCGAACUCUUAGAGAAAAUUACUGUAGCAGCUUAUAGAUUAGUGCUACCUCAAGAUCUUUCCAGUAUUCAUUUGGUGUUUCAUGUGUUUGUGCUUUGCAAGUACAACCCUGAUCCAUCUCAUGUGAUUUGCUAUGAGGAAAUUCACUUGGGUGAUGGCUUGUCAUAUGAGAAGGUGCUAGUGGAGAUUUUGGAUAAACUAGUAAAAUGA